AUGAAACAAUUAUUCAAAUUAUUUGCUAUGAACAUUAUAUUGAUAACCAAUAUUCUCUAAAAUUUAUGGUGGAUGUUAUUGGCCUUAUACUUUAUCUAACCAAUAAACUAUAUUGCAUUUUAUUUACAAAUAGGGUGUGUCACAAUGAGGAUUAUAUAAUAAAUUUUGAUAAUUAGAAAGUAUGGAUUGUUUAUAUUUGUGCAUAUAGUAUCUCUUAUUUAUUAUGUGACUUAUAUUGAAUCUUUAUUACUCUUUAAUUACAAUAACCCAUUGAGCAUCUUCUCAAGUAGUUUAUUAAUAAUAGUUACAUACAAUUCUUAUUUGAAUUUUGCAAUUUAAAAAUGGAGUUUAAUAUGUAAGUUAGGACUUCCUUUCUAUAUUAUUUUAAGGCUCCUAUCCAUUACAUUUAUAUCAUUUAAUUAUUAUUCAAUAGAAAGCCUAUUAAUAAUCAUUAUAGUUUUAAUUAAGUAUUUGUUAACUAAUGAAUAACACGUUGAAACGAUUAAUGUUAUUAAUAAUACUAAUAAAGUCAAAACUAAAAUACCAGAAUUAUAAUUAAAAAGAGUAGUUGAUAAAGAAUCACCAAAUCAUCAAUAAUAAUCAUUAUUAAAAUCAUUUAGCAGAGUCUCUCUUAUUUAAACACCUUUAAAAAGCUAAAGCGUUUUAAUGAAAGAUCAAUAAAGUGAUUUGAAAAUAGGAUAAUUUUCUAAUUUAACUAAUUUGUCAAAAUCUUAAAAGUAUAAUAAGAUUUCUGAAAAAUCAGAUUUACAAUUACAUAUGUUUUACUAAAAUCUUAUAAAUAUAUUUCCAUAAGGCAUUUUAAUUUUAAAUCAAUUCUAAUAAGUUAGUUAUAUGAAUAAUAAAUGUGAAAAGUUAUUAGAAUGUUAAGGAGGUGAAUAGGUUUUAGAAAAGAUUAAGUAUUGUGUUAAUAAUGCCAAAAUGUCAGAUAAUGAAAAUGAAAUAUCCAAUAUUUUAUAAACAACAAAAUUAAAUAGAUAAAUAAACUAAUACACUCUUUAAAGGAUAGUUAGAAAAUUAGAAAAGGAUAAUAGAAAAGCAGAUAUUUUUGAUAUUAUGCUUUAUCCUUAAAAAUAUUAUGGAAUAUUAGAUUAGAAAGGAGAUGCAUGUAGUUAAGAUGAUUCUAAAACAGAUCAAUUGACAUUAUAAUAAUAGGUAUUUAUAUAUGAAUGGUUAUUGGAAUCUGAAUUGAAGAAUAAAAUUCAUUAAAAGAAACUUAAAUUAAUUAUCAUCCCAACUUCAAUGACUGGUUAAUAAUAAGAAUACAUUUCUCUACCUUCAUAAAAUAAAUUUUCAAGCAAACUUAAUAUAUAAGUUAAUAAUGAUACAGAAAUGCCUGUUCUACUUAUCAUGAUUAAGAAUGUCACUAGUAAACUUAGAUAUUAAUAAAUGAAAGAUGAAUAAAUUAUUCACCAUAGUCUAAUUAAAUCAUUCUCUCAUGAAUUAAGAACUCCAUUAAAUUCAUGUUAACAUAUGUUAAAUUUAAUCAAAAAUAAGCUUAUAGAUAAACAUGUACAAGAAUAUGUUGAUAUAGCUAUGUGUUCCAUAACACUAUUAAUUCAUUAAAUUAAUGAUAUACUUGAUUAUGCUGCCAUUUAAUCUUUCUCUUUUUCUUAUCAUCUAACAAGAUUUACUAUUAAUUAGAUCAUUUAAGAAAUUGAGAAUCUCUAUAAUAUAUAAAUGAGAUAGAAGAAAAUUAAAUUUGAAAUUAAAGUAUAGUAAACAUUAAAAGAUUCAAUUAUUUGUAAUGAUAAACAAAGAAUACUUUAAAUUUUAGUUAAUUUAUUAAAUAAUGCAGCUAAAUAUACCAAAGAAGGAGGUAAAGUUAAAAUUAGUAUUAAAUAAAUGAGUCUAUUUCAUCUAAAAGUAUAAGUUAAGGAUAAUGGAAUUGGAAUAGAAGAUGAUAAAUUAACACUAAUUUAAAAUAGUUUGAAUGGAAAUUUAGAGUAUGGUGCAAGAUUGAAAACUUAAAAAGUUUCUUAAAAGGCAGGUCUAGGUUUAAAUAUUGCAGCUAGAUUAGUAGAAGGUUUAGCUGAAUCUAAUAAUAAUUAAUUAUUAAUUAGUUCAAUUAAAAAUUAAGGAACUAAAGUAUAAUUUUAAAUUUAGAAUUUCUUUAAUAGCAUAAAUGAUUAAUAUUAAUCUAAUUUAAUAUCAUAAAUAACUGGAAGAUUCAAUUAAUCAGGUAUUUAAAAUACACUAAGUGAGAGAAAAUUUGAUGAUAGAAUGUUAAUUAGAUCAAUCAAUUCAAAAUUAGAUUAUGAUUAUUAACUUUAGGAUAAUUUUGUUUAUGAAUCAGAAUCUUCUAUGAAUACACCAAAACUUAAUGAUAAUAUGAAAUAACCAUAAAUUUGUUUACCAAUCAGUCCUGAAUAUUUCUCACAUAAAUUCGUUCCUUCAUGCCAAAAUAUAUUACCUUUAGAAAAUAUUCAUAAAAGCAUCUCCUUAUGUGAUAAAUGUGUUCAUGUUUUAAUUGUUGAUGAUAUUCCAUUUAAUUAAAUAGCACUUAAAUUGAUGCUAAAACAUUACUAAAUAGAAGCAGAUUAAGCAUUUGAUGGAUUUUAAGCUAUUGAAAAAGUUAAGAUAAAAUUAGAAUAACAUUGUUCUAGUUAUAAAUUAAUAUUUAUGGAUAUCGAAAUGCCUGGAAUUAAUGGAUUUUAAACAAGUUAUUAAGUAAAUUUUUGUUAUAUUUUUUAGAUUAAUGAAUUGACAUAAAAAUAAUCAAUUAUAGUUAUUUGUUCAGCGUAUGAUACAUAAGAAAAUUUAAUUGAAGGACAAAAAGUUGGAAUCUGCACAUUUCUUCCAAAACCUGUAAAAUAGGAUGAAUUAGAAGAAGUGUUAAGGAAAGUAUUUCAAAAGCAUUUUAAUUGA